UCAAGAUUAUAAUCCUCUUCCUGUUCCUGGUCGGAGCCGGAAGCUGCGCCGCUUGUUUACAUUGUUCGAGGAGCUGCGAGCGAACAAACCCGCUGCGGCUCCUCCGAGAAAUGAAGGCUGACAGCUGAUCGGGACGCUGUGUUCAUGACAGUGUUCGGCUGUUUUCUCCCCGUUGUUCCUCCGGUCAUGGCUGUAGCUCGCUGCUGCUGUCUCUGCCUUACGUUGCCGCUGCUCCUGUUGCGAUGGCCGGGGCUGCUGGUGGCGGCGGAGCAGGUCGCUCUGGUGGAGGUGUUCGUGCAGCAGCGGCCCGGCGUCAGCGCCGUGCUCCAAGGGGAGGUGGUGGAGCCCAGCAAGGGCAGCGGGAGCUCGGAGAACCGGGACGAGGAGCGAGAACAGCUGGAGGGAGACCUGGUUCUGGUUCGAGAUGAGGAGACCCAGGUAAGCGGAGGAAAAGAUGAAGACGACACCAAAAACCAGGAGCCGUGGAUCGGAGUGGUGCCUGUAGAGAUGGACGACAGCAAAGCCUCCACCGGGAACCAGGAGUCCUUCGCUGAUGCAGUGGUCAAUAAAAUGAAGCGAGCUUUGGUCCUCGGAGCUUCGGCGCUGAUCAUCCUGGCUCUCAACCAAAACACCGUCAGCGAGAUGGAUCUCUCUCAGGUGCUGUCCAAGCCCAUCAUUGUGAUCCAGACAUCAGAAAACGUCACCAAGCUGAUCGGAGCUUUGCUCAGGGGCCUUCAUGCGACAGCAAAAAUCACAUACAAGACGAUCCUGCAGGACGACCUGGGAGCCACGCUAACGCUGUGGUCCAGCUGUGGUCCAUCGAGAGGCGGGCGCUACGGAGAGUGGCAGGGGGUCAUCUGCACGGGAGAGACCAACUCUCAGGUCCAGAAAUACUUGCAGCAACUGUGGGACACUGUCCUGCUGGUGGCGCUCAUCCUCAGUACAGGAGUCAUCGUUCAGGCUCGCUGGCAGUACCAGGACCACGAGCUGAACGACGACCUGGAGCUCCUCCCUAAGCAGGACGUUCUGAAGAGGAUGUCGUCCCUGAAGACCAAAACUUACCGUCAGCCCAAACCCUGGUGCGACCCGGUGGAGACGGACAACUGUGCUGUUUGUCUGGAGCCGUUCAACAACAACCAGUGUUUGCGGGUGUUGCCGUGUCUUCAUGAGUACCACAGAGAUUGUGUCGACCCCUGGCUGCUGCUGCAACACACCUGUCCUCUGUGCAAACGCAGCAUCCUCAGCAGCGUCUGUAAAGACAGUUAACGGUCGCCUCGCCUCGUCUCUGCUGCAGCAGCUCUGGGAAUCAUCUCGUCUCCACCUCAGCGACACUCCGGUAGCCGUUUUCUUUUUUAAACUGACCUCAAAGCUUCCUCCUUCCCGCAGUGGAUUGUGGGAGCAAAUAUGAACUCGUCACAGCAGCUGAGCAGCCGUCGGAUUUGAACCUCCGACCUUCAGGUGGGUCUCACAGACACAGCGGUGGUAGAAUAAACACAAUACUAUGAAGUACUGUAGCGGUACUGUUGUGUGUAAACAGUACUUCUUCCUGGGAUCUUGUUACUGUACAGCUGUGGAUAUGUUUGUGUGUGUUGACCUACAGCGGUGACUAAACAUUUACAAACUGACAACCUCAGCGAGUAUUUCUGAGCCGACUGACAGACUUUCAGUGUUUUCUGGUUGUGAGCAUGAACGUGUCGAUCGCCCGGCCAGCGUCAGUGUUCACUUUAGGUCCAAAUGAUGUCAAUAACCAACUCACCACAGUGGACCAAGCUUCGUCCGGUGUCCGAUCUUUGCAAUCCAGUGUUAGUUGUAGAGGUUGUGUAGUCGUAGUGCAGGAGUCGGUAACUUACGUGGGGAAUUGAAGUGUUUUCACUUGUCCUUAACACGCCUUAUGAUGGAAACACAAAGCACCUCUUUAAAUAUGCUUUACAACCUGAGAUCUAUAUGUUACAGCAGCUCAUUUAGUUGUAGUUCUUCUGUUUUAAACUAUUACUGUUGAAGACGUUCAACAAGGAGGUUUGUGGCUGCAGCUGAAAUGUAUGGAAGCAUAUUACUGCCACGUUUAUAAAAAGAAAAACAUCAGUAUCAGUGCUGUAAUGUCAAAGGUUUAUUGUUCUAGCAAGGAAAUUUUCACUUUAAUAUGACUUGUCAUGUUAUAACAAUAAACAUUUCUCAUUACGACAUAAAAGGCUUCAUAUGAAGAUGAUAACUGGAAUUAUUUUCAUUAUGAAACUCAUGUUUGAAUGAGGAAACGGGUUAAUUAACGGAUGUGAUUAACUGUAAUGCAACCUCUGGGGACAUUUUUGGCUUGUUGGUGCACAAAUUUUAGCCAAGGUGGGUACAGAUCUGCUUCAAAGAUUAUGUCCAAUCUGUGCCUUCAGUAAGAUCUAAAUCAUAUAUUCAGAGAAAUAAUCAUUUUUAACCUCAGCUUCCACAAUUUAUUAGCAUAAAAAGUUACACUCAGGACCUUAAAGACAAAAAACAUCCCAAUUAAAACCCAUUAAAGCGUCUAUUUUUGAUCCCAGGAUCAUGUUAUGUUUUCAUUCUAGAGCCUUGGCUUCAAAAUAUUUUAUUCUAUUAUAUAUUACAAUAGUUUGGUUCUGGCAUUUUUGUCUUCAGGCUACUGUUUGUGUUUUUCUAAAUCAGACACUGCAUAAAAAAUUGAAUGUCGUCAGUAAUUACUAACAAACAUUUUAAAAUCGUGAACAUGAGCAAUAUUUCUCACCUUAUCUGUUGUCUGCACACUGUUACCUCAUUCGAACAUGAGUUUAACGACAUGUUAUUAUUGUUACAAGAUGAAAAGGUUGUUCUAACGUGAUGAGUUUGCUUGUUUUUCAUGACACUGAUCUGUUUUCCUCGCAAGGCAGCAACAGGUGGAUUUUCACUCCCUUUCUUAUUAUUUUUAAAGCUCCUUUCCUUUUAGAAAGUUUUCUGCUCUGAUGCUUCCUGACUCAAGAGUAAAAAAUGCAAACAUACGUCCUCUUCGGCUGCUUAAUCACAGCUGCAGGGUUAAGGAUCUUAUUAAACUACUUUCUAGUCCACCACAUGUGCAGAGUACAUUCCUGUCUGUUUUCCAUUCACGUGCACCAGACUAGGUUAUUUUAGUUGAGCAGCACAGUGGGUUUCCUUGUUAGCGUAGUGGAUAAAUGGGCACAGAAUUAUGUUCAUAUGUUUGCACAGAGAGCCUCUGACAAAAUCAAAGUCACUCGAACCCUUGUGCACUUAAAAUGCAAGAACCAGGGUGUAAAUUUUAUCAUCAGAGGACACAAGGCUCAGUCUGCACAACAAAAAUGAGAUAUUUUAGUUUCAGAACACAUAGAUGCCGUUCUGCUGCACAUGUAUGGACUACAGAGUAUUGUAGGAAACACCUGCACAGGUAACCUUUGUACUCAUAUCUGCUGCAGUAAAAACCAUCUGGCUAAUUUCACUCCUUUUUUACCAUUUAAGAGGAGCACUUUCCUGUCUACAGUUACAUUAGAUGACACUUCUCUAGUGUUUCUGCAGUAAAUAUGAAUAUAAAGUUGUGACAGAGUGUCAAUAAUCCUCCUAACUCUGAGCAGGGAAGCAGAUCUACAGUCAAGCCCGAAAUUAUUCAUACCCCUAGCAAAAUUUGACUUAAAGUUACUUUAAAAUCUAAGUAAAAGCUGAGAAAUGUUUUUUUUUCCCCACAAUGAUGCCUCUUUUACAUCAUCUCAUUAUCUUGUGUGUCAUUUCCAAUCAAAAAAACUUGAAUAAAAGUAACUAAGUCUAAAUUUGCUUGGGGUAUGAAUAAUUUCGGGCUUGACUGUACUGUUUACUUACGUUAAACACCAACAGUCAGAUGUUCCAGUGCAGUAAAACUUACCAAAAGUGUGUGAAUAAUAAACAAAUAACUGCAGCUGUACUCCAGAGAUGAGUCAAACUCAAAGGAUGUCAAAAAAUUAUUGUAUUUAUGUUGUUUUUUUCUUUUUUGCAAUGUCAACUCCAAAAAGCAAUGACAUACAUGUGCUUUCCUUUGUUACAAAACGCUCUGAUAGAUCUGUUCUCUUCAUAGAAAAUAGUCUGUGCAUGGCAACAUGAGGGAGGCUUCAGAGACGCCAGGCCUCCUCUGAACAGCAAAUGCUUCCAAAACACAGCAUCGUAACCUACGGAGUCCUGCAGGGUCACGGUAGGAAGGUUUUCAUUUGCAUUUCCUCACAAUCUGUUUCAAGGAGUUCCUUCUGAUCCGUACGAACAGCUGGUGUGUCGGUUUAACGCUUAGGGAAACACUCAGAUUCUUUAAAGAGGAGAAAUGAUGCUUUAGUUCAGUUUAAAAAGCUGAUCUGUGAUGGUGAAGCACUGACUGGAUGUUUGGUAAUUGGUUCAAUCUGCUGCUGCUGUGGAUAAAUCCAGCUGUUUCUAUGACAGAUGUUUGUAUUCAUGAGUUCUCAAGUGCAAUAGCUUUAAUAUAAGUACUGAUCAUUGAUAGUGUGUUACACGACUAAAAACAAACGAGUCACAGCUGUAAUCGUAGCAAAAGCUACAGCAUGUUAUGUCAUCUGGACAUGAGACAAUUAGGGCUGCAACUAGUGAUUAUUACCCUUGUUUAUUAAUCUGCUGAUCACUUUCUUGAUUAUUUGAUUAGUUUUUUGGUUCAGAAAAUGGUAACAAAUGUUUGUCAAAGCCUGAAAUGACAUCCUCAACUCAAAGAUAUUCAGUUUACCGUCAUGAAAGAGUGAAGAAACCAGAAAAUAUUCACAUUUAGGCAGCUGAAAUCAGAGAAUAGAGACUGUGUAUCCCAAAAAAAAGUACUCAAACUAAUUAACUGAUCUUCAAAAUAGCUGACGAUUAACAAUUAAACACUGCUGCUCUAGUUUUAAUCUACCUGAAUUACAGCAAAGCCACAAUUUUCUAUAUCCUUAACUGCGGCAUUUGUGAUCUGCUAACUGGUUUGUUUUAAAUUGCGAUUUAGUUUCAUAACUGAUGAUUAUUCAGCCCUAACUGAACAAACAUCUCUCAGUAACAGCUGGACGCAUCCACAGAAGCAGCUGAAACAAUAACCAUAAAUCACACAGCUUCACCAUCACAGAUCAGCUUUUUAAAAUGAAUAAUGAGAAAUAAAUGCCUCUAAAUGCAGCGUGUUAACAGACCGACUGUUCAUAUGAAUCAGAGGGAAUGUGAAGCAGAUUUCUAAACCUUCUUGCCGUGACCUUUCCAGAGCUCCGUAGUAAUAAGAUGGUCAUGGAGUAGCGUUAGGUAGUUUGGUGACGGCAACACUUGAACGCUACACGCUCACACAGAUGAGCAGUAAAAGCAGCACAUCAGAGGCCGAUGUCCAGAUCUAAUCACCAGGUCAGUUAUUGUUCUUUAAGCUACAGAGGGGAAAAACCACCGGCGUCUCUGCAUCUCAUUCCUAUGUCGUCUAUCGGUCGAUUAUGAUGUCAAAGAAGCUUCAUUCUAUCACUCUGGAUCUUAAUAAACUGAUUUGUUACUUGGCAAAAAAAUAAAGGUGUGAUUCUUUGUUGUCAGUCUCUGGCUCACACUCGCAACUUUGGUUUUUUUUAAUGAGCUGACCGUCUAAAAGUUCAGUCUGUAAACUAAUGCAACCUUUCAACACCAGAACAUCAGCAGGUUCUCGUCUCUCCGGUCAGGACGGGAUCAUCCCUUUGUUCCUCUUGCGGUCGGCCAUCGUGCGUCGGUUGUGGUUGGAUACUCGGCUCUUGUUGGCCUCCUUCUUGCGUCGGUCCAGGAAUGUCUCCAGGGUUUGUCCUUGGCCUUUGGGUCGACCCGCAACGUUACUGGGACGCUCCGGCCGGAUGCUGGGAGAAAGAAGACGGGAAGUCAGCGGAAAUGUGGGGGGACAAGGAUUUUUUUUUUUUUUUUUUUUUUUUUUUAGAUGAAGAGGCAAGUUUACAGCUAAUUUAAAAGAAAGCCUGCAAAAAACUAACUUUUCUGACAUGUAGCUGGAAGAACUGAUUACACUACCAGUCAAAAGUUUGGACACACCUUCUCAUUCAAUGCUUUUUAUUUAUUUGUAUUAUUUUCUACUGAAGAUUAACACAUUUUUGUUUACAACAUAAUUCCAUGUGUAUUCUUUUAUAGUUCUGAUGUCUUCAGUAUUAAUCUACAAUAUAUAAAAUAAUCAAAUAAAAACCAUUGAAUGAGAAGGUGUGUCUACGUCUAGUCUGCUUUGUGUUACAUUCCUAAAAUUUCACAUUUUCUUGUGUAAAAUGCAUAAAGUUUUCCAAUUUCUCAGUCUUAAACCUGCCUCAGAAUAAAUCAGACAUUUCUGUGA